AUGAGCCUCUCAUACAGUAUGUGGCCGGUGAUUUUAACGGCCUACAAUUUACCUCCGUGGUUAUGCACUAAAGAUCCUUAUAAGAUGUUGACAUUGUUGAUUCCUGGCCCAAAUGCACCCAGAAAGGAUAUGGAUGUUUUUUUAAGGCCUCUUGUGGAUGAGUUAAAAGAUUUGUGGAAUAAUAGAGUAAUUGUACGUGACUCAGUUUUGAAUACAUCAUUUCAGAUGCGAGCUAUGUUGCUUAUGACUGUUAAUGAUUUUCCUGCUCGUAGUAGUUUAUCUGGAUGGAGUGGUCAGGGCUAUUUAGCAUGCCCAACUUGCAACGAUGCAACUCCUUCAAAGAGGAUAACAAGUAAGACUUGUUUUGUUGGCCAUCGGCGAUGGCUUCCUAUUAAACAUGGGAUGCGAAAAAAUAAAAAGUUUGAUGGUAUGGUUGAGAAACGACCUCAUUCGGCUCAAAAAUCUGUUCACCAAAUCUUAGCUCAACUACAAAAUGUGUCCGUCAGAUUGCCUGGUAAACAUGACAAGUAUGGUGGGAAGAAGCGGAAAAGACAUGCAAGCGAGCUUAAUUGGACAAAGAAGAGUAUCUUUUGGGAGUUGCCUUAUUGGAAGUCAUUGUCGUUACGUCACAACUUAGACGUCAUGCAUAUUGAGAAGAAUGUAUGCGACAAUUUAUUGGGCACAAUUCUUGACAUUGACAGAAAAAGUAAAGAUACAGAUAAGGCGCGAAUCGAUCUGAAAAAUAUGGGGGUGCGCAAGGAGUUGCAUUUGUACAAAGACGGUGAUCGUUGGAUGAAACCACAUGCGUCUUAUACACUAUCUCCUGACGACGUCAUACACUUGCCUGAAGAAGCCAUUCGAGGAGGACCGGUUCACUUAAGAUGGAUGUAUCCAUUUGAACGUUUUCUUGGGUCGUUAAAGAAAUAUGUUAAGAAUCGUGCACGUCCUGAGGGUUCGAUUGCUGAGGCUUACAUUGUCAACGAAGCUCUGACUUUUUGUUCGUUGUAUUUAACUGGAGUUGAAACAUGGUUUAACCGGCUGGCCAGAAAUUGGAUAGACGACGAAGAUCGUAUUGUUAAAAAGAUUUCUGUAUUUGAUACUCGUUGUCGGCCAAUUGGGAAGAUGGCCCCUGUCACAUUGGAUACUCGUUUGCGAGAGAAAGCCGAGUGGUACGUCCUACAGAACUGUUCAGAAAUUCAGCAGUUCAUUGAUGACCAUAGGAAGGAGAUUGAUAACGACGGUCGAAUCAUACCAUUGGAUGAAAUUCAAUCGAAAGAGUUUCCAAAAUGGUUUAAGAAUAAGAUUUUCAAUAUUCGAAAGCAGAAUGAGCCAGAAGCGAAUGAUCAAAUACUUUCACUUUCAAGUGGUUCAAGCUUCUCAUGUCGAAGUUAUCCUGGUUGUGGGGUCAAUGGUGUAAAGUUUCUAACACGCAAUCGGGAUAUAAAUCGAAGUAAUCAAAAUAGUGGUGUUUGUGUUCGCGGACCUGAUAACCAAAUGUUUUAUGGAGUUUUGGAGGACAUUUAUGAGUUGUCGUACUUGAAUGACAAUUCUACAAGGUUUUUAAUGAGGCAUCCUAUAGAUUCACCUCAGUAG